AUGGGCAUCUCUGACUUCGCGCAGGGCCAGCUGGGAGAAGUCGUGUACUGCGAGCUGCCGGAGGUGGGCGCCAAGUUCUCCGCCAAGGACACCGUGUGCACCCUGGAGAGCGUCAAGGCUGUGGGCGAAGUUUAUGCGCCGGUGGAUUGCGAGGUCACGGAGGUGAACACGAAGCUCAACGACGAGCCGGCGCUGGUGAACAGCUCGCCCGAGGAGGAUGGCUGGCUGAUGAAGGUGACCUUCUCCGGAGACACCGGGGCAUUAAUGGACAAGGCGGCAUACGACAAGCACCUGGAGUCCGAAGCCAAGGAGGAGUGA